AUGGCGUUUAACAACAUAGACUCUGUUGCUUGGAAGCGAGAGUCGCGUCACGUGCAUCACCAACUAUCAACUCCACAUAUCGUAUUGUUCUCGUUCCACCACAUGAGUCUGCAGAACGAGCUAGAUCAAACCAAUGGUCUAGAAAAAGCCAAAAUCCGUGCGGCUGAACAUGUGUUCUCGCCAUCUCCUCUCAAGUCGCCCAGUCGUCGAGGUAUUCUUCGAAUGGAGCUGAAUGACGACAUUUCAUUGUCUCCAACUAAAACGCCCAAUGGACGAGCGGGGUCGAAAUCGCCCAAAAGAAAGCAUUUGGAUACAGUGGGCUCUGCCAUGAAAGCUGGGUCGAAGACUGACGCUCUCUUAAUUGAGGACUUCGAUGAUGACGAGACCACUCUUCAAGAGGACUUGGACGAAGCGCAGGCAAUAAUAGAAGAAUCCAAGAAGCAAAACGAUGCACCGCAUCUACCAGAACAAGGAACUCCAAAACGCAAAAGAGGUAGGCCCAGGAAAGAGGAGACGCUCAAGAAACUCGAACAAGUUGAGUUGACACCUAGAAAGCGGGCACGACGAGCAGUUGUCGAAAAACGAGAGGCAGAAAAAAGAAAUCGAGAAGAGAAAGAAGGCUGGCUUUCCGGCGAUGAUGACUCCGAUGAUGUUUAUAAUGAAUCUGAAGAGGAUGACACCCCGAAAAGAAAAAGAACACCAAAGCGAAGCCUGGCUCUGCCCCGAAAAUCUCGAGUGAAGAUCGAGAUGAAAGAAGACGCUGUAAUUGAGAACGUGGGAAGUUCUGAGUCACCAUUUUCAUCACCGAAAAAAGAAGAAAGAAGAACCAAGAAGGGAAGACCCAGUAAACAAGAAAAAGUCACCAAAAAGGUGCAUAGCAUUUUUCAAAUGGACGACCUCGAGUUCUUCCAGGAUAGCAUCAAGUCUGAGAAGUCAAGUCCCGUACCUUCUCCGCAAAAAGAAAAGUCGAAUCUUUCGCUCAAUUUUGAAAACACAGGUAAGAGUUCUCACUCAACUGUUCCAGUCAUUAGCGGUAUCAUGCAACCAGAGAACAAACAAACGGAGCUGAAGAGAAUAACGAAGUUUGAGCCCUUGCCAAUCCCAGAAAUCGACGAGAAUGGCAAUAUCAAAGACGAGGAGUAUCUACGCAAAUACUUUUCGGGUGUCCACGUUGAUUUAGAAGCAGCAGGGAAACUUACCGAUGAGAGAGCGUUUUUCUUAGAGGGAAGUGAAGGGUAUUUUGAGCAGCACAAUCUCCGGUUCCGACCUUCAGCCAAUUCCUUAGCCACAAGAGCACCAGUUCUUGAAUAUGACGAGUUCAUCCCAAUGGUCAAGUUAGGUGAAAUGGUUUACAAAGCAGAAAGAGCAGCGCUUUUCGACAUUCACCGUAAAUUAUAUCACCAAUGGUGUUUUGAACUCAGCCAAGGAUACAGUCUCAACUUUUACGGUGUGGGAUCGAAGAUCGAUCUUGUGCUCGAUUUCGUUCAGAAUUACAUGAUUGGAUGGUACGAACACACUUUACAAACAAAAGAAGAGUAUCCCGUAAUUAUGGUGGUGAAUGGAUACAACCCAUCAACAAAACUCAAAACCGUCAUCCACGAUAUUGUGUCUGCAAUUAUUACCCCCGAAAUGCAAAAACAACAUAAUAUCCGCAUGCCCAAGCACGUUUCGGAAGCAUUUCCGUUUCUAAUGAACAAUUUGAGAAAGAUGGCAAACAAGAAAAAAGGCAUAGUCAAGCCAGACCUUGUUCUCGUGGUGCAUAACAUUGAUGGGGAUGCAUUUCGAGACGAGCGGUCACAAAACUUUCUUUCUCAGCUAGCUGCGCUUCCUAAUGUGUGGUUCAUAACUUCCACAGAUAACGUUAAUGCAAGUUUGCUCUGGGAUUUGUACCGAUUCAAGAACUUCAAUUUUCUUUGGCACGAUGCAACAACAUAUCAACCCUACAGCACGGAAAUGUCAUUCAAAGACGUAUUGAACAUGGGACGUUCCAAGAAAUUUGUGGGAAGCAAAGGUGCUCGUUAUGUUUUGACUUCUUUGAGCAGCAACGCUCGGAGUUUGUAUCGGGUUUUGCUUCAAAUGCAAUUGGAAAAAUUGAAAGAAACCACAUCCACAAAAGCUGGUGAAACGGGACUUCGAGGAAAUGCAAAAACAGGCGUGGAGAUGCGCCUGGUUUACGAAAAAUGUUUACAAGAAUACGUUACAUCUAACGAGAUGAACUUCCGGAGCAUUUUGGGAGAAUAUGUGGAGCACAAAAUGUGCACACUUACGAAGAACAGCGGAGGAACUGAAGUAGUGUUCGUUCCAUUUACUUAUGAUGAGAUGGCCAUGAUCUUGAAAGACGAGUUUGACGUUGAGCUGAAGUGA